CAACAGCAACAUUUAACAAAGCCCCGGAGCGGCAGGAAUCCCGGACGAGUGGUACGGACAUCGCCGACGGAGACCGCCAACCCGGCGCGGAGCGUUCCCCUUUAAACACGGUCUUAUGACUACAGACUGCCUCAGUGAGACACGACCGGAGGACCGGACCAGAGACCCACAGACAGACAGCCAGCCAGCCAGCCAGCCAGCCGGGGGACAGACAGGACCGAGACAGUGACUGAGAGCCGGGGACAGACAGAUAGGACACAAGCUCCCCUGCAGAGGCUGAAUGGUUGGAGGCAGUCUGAGAGAACAGCUGGAGUUACAGGAUACUACCUCACCUGUCCCUCACCUGUCCGCAGGAUUUAGUUUUUUGGGCCACCCGUUGCAACCUGUGGACACUUCCCCCUCCUGCAGCACUGAGGACAUGUGUCGCCUGCCACUGGCUUCACUCUUCAUUUGCCUCUGGUUGGUGGAGCGAAGCCACUGUAACGGCAGCCUUCAGGACAGCAUGGCAGAGCUGCACACCAGGUUCACUGUCAGCCUCUACCAGACACUCACCGAGACAGAGAACAACUCCAACCUGAUCGUGUCACCAGCGAGCGUCUCCUUGUCUCUGGGGCUGCUGCAGCUCGGCGCCAGGGGCAACACACUGGCUCAGCUGGAGGGAACGCUCGGAUACAGCGUGAAGGAUGCCCAGGUACAAGACUUCCUGCUGCAUUCACACAGCGACACAAGCAACACCAGCCAGGGGAUGCAGCUGCAGCAGACCUGCACGUUAUUCAUACAGUGCGGCAUCCAGCUCCUGACUGACUUCACACAGCACGCAGCAGCCUGGGCCUACACCAGCGUGGUCCGAGCCAACUUCAGCCAGCCCAACCACACCCGCGGGCAGCUGGAGCGAGUGGGGAACAACCACGAUGAGUCGUGGCCCCUCCAGGCAGGAAGCAGCAGUGGGGAGCUGUCGGGCUCGGGCGAGGCCCAGGCAGAGGCCCUGUGGUGGGGCCACCGGCUGCAGAUGGCGCUGGUCAACACGGUGGCCUUCAGGGGCGUCUGGCAGAAACAGUUCCUGUUCACCAACACCCAGAACCUGCCCUUCAUGCUGUCUGAUGGGAGUGUGGUUAAGGUGCCCAUGAUGUAUCAGGCUACAGAGGUCAGCUUUGGUCAGUUCAGGACAGCAUCAGAUCAGCGUUACACCGUGUUGGAGCUGCCAUACCUGGGCCGCUCUCUCAGCCUGCAGGUGGUCCUGCCCAGCGAGAGGAAGACGCCGCUGUCCUCCCUCGAGUCCCAACUCACCGCUCGCCAGCUGGCCUCCUGGGACACCGGCCUGCGCAGAAUCAAGAUGGACAUAUUCCUACCCAGGUUCAGAAUGCAGAACAAGUUCAACCUGAGGUCAGUGCUUCCCGCCAUGGGCAUCAGCGACGCCUUCAACCCGACGGCAGCUGAUUUCACUGGAAUAUCAGUGGAGGAGAGUCUUUACGUGUCAGAUGCUUUCCAUGAAGUGAGAAUAGAAGUCACAGAAGAUGGGACAAAAGCAACUGCUGCUACAGCGAUGGUGCUCCUCAAACGAUCCCGUGCUCCUGUUUUCAAAGCGGACCGGCCGUUCUUAUUUCUUCUACGACAGAUUAACACAGGAUCCAUCUUGUUCAUGGGCCGAGUGAUGAAUCCAGCGGACCAAGCACCCUAAGAUACCCAAACACCUCUCACACACACUCAC